CCUGCUGUGGAAAGGUGGGGGACUAGCUCAGGAAGGGACAGUUACUGGAUGUUUUCAUCUGAGGCUCCCUGAGCCCACAGCCAUGGCCCUGUCCCCUCCUCUUGGCCAUGGAUUCCCCUCAGAGCCCCUCAGCCAUACCCUGGGAGUCCCUAGGGAGCUGGACGCUGCAGGAUGUACCAUCUACCCUGUGCCUGGAGAGAAGGCGAGCAGGCCAGAGCUGGCCCAGACUUCCUUGGGUCCUCCUGAGCGUGUCAUGGGUGAGCUGAAGAGCACUGAGCCUACCACCAGCCCCCCAAGACUACCACUGGCUUCCCAUGAGCAUCAAGAUGGGGGCAAGCCCUGUGAGCCCUCUACCUCUGGCCUGGAAGUACUAGAAGCUGAGCAGGACAGCCUACAGCUUUGUCUGCUGAGGUUGAACUUCCGGCUACAGGACCUGGAGCAAGGCCUUAGAUCCUGGACGCUGGCCCACAGUAGGAUCGUCCAGCUGCAGGCCCUACAGGCAGAGCUACGAGGGGCAGCUGAGCGUGUGGAUGCCCUGCUUGCAUUUGGCGAGGGCCUGGCUGAGAGGAGCGAACCCAGGGCCUGGGCAUCUCUAGAGCAGGUCCUGAGGGCCCUUGGCACCCACCGAGACACCAUCUUCCAACGGCUCUGGCAGCUGCAGGCCCAGCUGAUCAGCUGUAGCCUGGUGCUUGAGAAGGCCAACCUCCUGGACCAGGACUUGGAAGUUGAGGGAGACCCAGAUGGGCCAGCACCUGGUGGAAUCUGGGGGUCCUGGGCGUCGAGUGCCUUCCCCACCCCUGCAGAGCUGGAGUGGGACCCUGCAGGGGAUGUUGGGGGUCUUGGGCCCUCGGGGCAAAAGAUAUCUCGGAUGCCAGGAGCUCCCUGUGAGCUGUGUGGCUACAGGGGACCCCAGAGCAGUGGACAGGGCCUUAAGGACCUGCUCUCACUGGGGCUCAGCCACAGGAAGCACUUAGCAGCUCACCAUAGAAGGCGGCUGCGGAAGGCUCAGGACAAGAAGAGACAAGCGUCUCCCAGUCUGCCAGAUGUGAUGCUGGAGGUGGAUCAUAGGGUCCCUGCUCCUGCAUCCAGAUGGCCCCUGACCCUCUUCUUUCUCCUUCUCUUCUUCCUUCUUGUGGGUGCCACGCUGUUGCUGCCCUUGUCAGGGAUCCCCUGCUGCUCUCAUGCCCGGCUGGUCAGGACGCCCUACCUGGUGCUCAGCUAUGUCAAUGGUCUCCCUCCAAUCUGAGUCCACAGCCCAGACAUGCGUAUUAAAGGGUGGCUUCCGAAAGA